AUGACUACACAACUUCCAGAAGACGUUAUCAUUGACAUCUUAGCUCGUGUACCAAGAUGUAACUAUCCAAGACUUUCCCUCGUUUGCAAGCACUUCCGAUCACUUAUUGCAUCGCCUAUGCUCUUCGCUGUACGAUCAUUGUUGGGAUGCACGGAACUCUGUCUCUAUGUUCUCCUUCACAACAGAGAAACCGGCGGAGAUGAAAGUUGGUCUAUUCUCCGCCAGAAAACCAAAGACAAUUCCCGUUUGGUCCUUAUCCCUUCGCUUCCUGUUGCGCAAAGCUAUGCUGCAGUGGGCUCGAAGAUAUACAUCUUUGAUAGCACUAAAGAUGACAGUAUGACUACAAAUGUGUUAAGCUUCGACUGUAGAUCUCACACGGUGCAACCUCUCCCGAGCAUUGACGUAAACGUGUAUACUACAGUCGCUGACACCAUCAAUGGGAAAAUCUACGUACUUGGAUAUCAUAAUACUAACUCGGAGAAGCCGAUGGUGGUGUUGAAUACAGAAACACAAACGUGGGAGCCUGUGAUGACAAUACCAGAGACGGUGCAUUACAUGUGGACUCCUAGUUUUGUGAUGAUGGCUGGUAAGAUGUAUACGAUAGGUGGAAGCUAUGUUUAUGACCCAAAGGAAAGUAGAUGGGAAACGGACGAAAAGCUGAAAUUCUGGGUGAAAGGGUGCGUCCUUGAUGAUGUGUUCUACUGCUAUGAUUUUUGUGUGAACUCUUUAAGAACGUAUGAUCCAAAGCAAAGGCUCUGGGGAGCGGUGAAAGGUGUGGAACAACUGUUGGCUGAGACGAAAUCAUGCUCACCAGCUUCAUGGACUAAGAUAGUGGGUUACGGUCGAAAGCUAGCUUUGUUUUUUUCUAAAGAAGAAAUGACAAGAGAGAGAUGGGGUGUGGAUAUUUCACUGGAAAAACAAGAGAUAUGGUGUGCGGAGAUUUCACAAGAAGAAGGGAUUUGA